AUGGGCGAGUUUCACCAGGCGCAGCUGCCGGCGCCGUCCGACAUGUCGGCGGAGCCGCGCUUGUACAUUUACAAGCAGUUCAUCGUCGUGCUGGUGCUUGGCGCGCUGGGCGUCGUCGUCGCGUCGCCUUUUACGCCCAAUGGCUCCAUUCUCUGGUUCCUGGCCUUCUUCACCAGCAUCAACCUGUUCAACGGCCUGGGGCAGGCAGCGCGAAUGGUCAGUGCGGUGCUCAAGAUGCGCGCCCGCAUCGUCCCCCGCGCGCCUGGCGCUGCCCAGCUCAAGGCGCUGCAAAAGGGUGCCUCGCUUGGCGAUGCGGACGGGGAGGGCGCGUGCCUGCUGAACGUGGACGAUGUGCCGGCGUGGCACCACGUGUUCGUGAUCCCAAAUUAUAAGGAGGACCUGGCUGUGCUGUCAGCAACCCUGGACCGGCUCGCGUCGCACCGCCACGCCAGCCACUACACAAUCCUGCUGGCUAUGGAGGAGAAGGAGGCCUAUGCGGAGCAGAAGGCGGCGCAGCUGCAGGAGCAGUACUGCCUCCGCUUCAAGGCCAUCCUCUUCACGCUGCACUCCCUCGACCCCGUCAAUGAGAUGCCCGGCAAGGCCUCUAACGUGAACGCGGCAGUCCGCCAGUUUGCGGCAACCGUGCCGCCGUCGGACCGCGCGCGCUACCUGCUGACCAUCAUGGACGCGGACGCGCUGGUGCCGCCCGCCUACGUGACGCAGCUCGAGGCCACCACCGCCGGCCUGGGGAGCAGCGCCGCCGACAACGUGUACGCGGCACCAGUGCUGUUUGAGCAGAACGGCGCGGCGGUGCCCAGCCUGGUGCGGGUGACGGACUACACGUGGGGUGCGCUGGCCAUGCAGAACCUCAACAACUGGACCGGGGUGGGGUUCCCCAUCUCCAACUACAGCCUCUCACUGGCCCUGGCCGCCUCUAUCGACUUCUGGGACACCUGGCCGGAUGCUAUCGGCGAGGACAUGCACAUGUUCAUCAAGGCCUACGCCAAGACGCGCGGGGCGGCGCGGCUGUACCCCAUAUUCGCGCCCAUCAACAUGGGCCACGUCAACGCGGACGGCUUCUUCGCCAGCUGCGUGGCGCGGUACACCCAGGCCGAGCGCCACAUGCGCGGCAUCGCCGACACGGCGUACGCGAUGCGCGAGGUCGUGAGCGGCAGCGUGCCGCUGAACUGGCGGUCCCUGGCGCUGGUGUUUGGCUGCUGGGAGGCGCACCUGGUGUCGACGGUGUCCCUCAUCGCGUACAUAUUCCUGCCGCUGCUGUACGGCGCGCUGGGCACGCUGGGCGUGGCGUACCACGACCACCCGCUGCAGCGCGCCGUCAUCGACACCAUGGGGCGCUGCAACCUCGUGCUCAUGGUGACCGUCCUCAUCUGCCACGAGGUCGCGCGCGUGAUCUGCCGGCGCCACCUGUACGGCCUACGGGGGCCGGCCAUUCCCUGCACGCCGCACGGCGUGGUGGUGCACGUGGCGUCUUACCUCUGGCUGUUCAUCGGGGUGUGGUUCUACACGGUGCUGCCCAUGCUGGUGGUCAUAGUGAAGCACGCUCUCAACAUCCGCAGCACAAACUACAUUGUGGCCGAGAAGAAGGUCACGACAGAGGCCAUCACCCACCACCACCACCACCACAUGACCUCAGACGCCACCUCAGCGCCCGUGCUGCCGGUCAGCAUGGGCGCGCUCGCGCACGGCGGCGCCAACAGCGGCAGCGCGGGCAGCCUCGCGGCGCUGGGCGGCGCGCGUCGCAAAUAG